AAAAUCCCUUCACGUGAAAAUUGUGGAUGUCGAAGAAUAUGAGAAAAAAGACAGCUUCUUCAUUGAAUUGGGCCAACCCCGUUGGUUGAAAAGAGGGAUCUCCGCCCUCCUGCUCCAUCAAGCGGAUGGCGACAAAAAACUCUCUGCAGAAGAGGAGGAGGCCUGGCGAAUUGCUGAGAUGGGGAAACCCAUCCUCGGGGAGAACUCGCGCCUGGAGGUGAUCAUAGAAGAGUCGUACGAUUUCAAGAACACUGUGGACAAACUCAUCAAGAAAACCAAUCUGGCCCUGGUGAUUGGCACGCACUCCUGGCGGGAGCAGUUCCUGGAGGCAAUCACUGUCAGCCCAGGUGUGGAAGACGAGGAUGAGGACGGGCGAGAGGAGAGGCUGCCGUCUUGCUUCGACUACGUCAUGCACUUCCUGACGGUCUUCUGGAAGGUUCUCUUCGCCUGCGUGCCGCCCACCGAGUACUGGAACGGCUGGGCCUGCUUCAGUGUUAGCAUCAUGGUGAUUGGCAUGCUGACCGCCCUCAUCGGCGACCUGGCCUCCCACUUUGGCUGCACGGUGGGACUCAAGGACUCGGUCAAUGCGGUCGUCUUUGUGGCCUUGGGCACGUCCAUCCCAGACACCUUUGCCAGCAAAGUGGCCGCUCUGCAGGACCAGUGCGCGGAUGCGUCCAUCGGCAACGUGACAGGCAGCAACGCGGUCAACGUCUUCUUGGGCCUGGGCGUGGCCUGGUCGGUGGCGGCCAUUUACUGGGCUUUCCAAGGCAAAAACUUCGAGGUGCAGACGGGCACCCUGGCCUUCUCCGUCACCCUCUUCACCAUCUUUGCCUUCGUUUGUAUCAGUGUCCUCAUGUACCGCCGGCGGCCCCACAUAGGGGGCGAGCUGGGGGGUCCCCAAACUGCCAAAAUCCUGACCACCUGCCUCUUUGUGGGCCUCUGGCUGAUCUAUAUCCUCUUUGCUGGCCUGGAGGCCUACUGCCACAUCAAGGGUUUCUGA